GCCAACCAGGACUUCAUGAGAAAUUCCAGUUUGCAGUCCAGGGUGGAAUCAUUCUUCCCAUAUAAAGCCAAGAGACCACCCAUACUAAAUGCCAGCUACGGACCUUUUUCUGUGGAACAAGUUGUGCCCCAGGACCUUAUGUUAACUUCCAACUUUUUUGGAUCUUCCAACAAGUUUACUUACAACUGGAAACUUCAGGCCUACAUAAUGAGCAACAAAAUUUACCUGAGCAAGCCCAAAGUCCAGGUCCUGUUCUACAUUGUGGGCAGGGACUGGGAUGACUACAGCACCACGGAGCAGCUGCCCUGCCUGCGAGUCUUUGCUUUUCGAGAGACACGGGAAGUCAGGGGCAGCUGCAGGCUGAAGGGGGACCUGGGGUUGUGUGUGGCAGAGCUGGAGCUCCUGCCAAGCUGGUUUAACCCCCCCACGGUUGUCACAGGCCGUAAGAAGCCACCAGAUCAGUUUGAUGGGAGCCCUGUGGAGCUUUACUAUACCCUUCAACCAGGAGAAGAGAAGGGAGAGUGUACAGCUGAGGAUAUAAGGAAGGGAAAUGCUAUCCGGCCAGGAAAAGAUGGGAUGGAUGAAACUAUGUCCCACUUACAGAGGAUUGGAUCUGUCAGCCUCCAUCGAGGCCAGGAGACUUCUCAGCUGACAGAGCUACGGCUGGAUAGUAAUAUUGUUGUUUGGUUGCCCUCAAAGCCUGUCAAACAAGGAGAGGUUGUGAAUGUUUAUGUGACAAUUGCCAACAAUUCUACGGUGGAUCAGUUCGUCCUAAGGGCAAAGGUGAAGAAAGGUGUGAACAUUCUCAGUGCAAAGACAAGUGACCCCCAGCAGUGGGAUGUGAAACAAGAGGUGGGGAAUGGUGGAAAGCAUUCGACCACAGCAGUUAUUUGUCAGAGGAUAGCACCAAGUUCAAGGAACAGAAGUAACAGUUUAUUCAAUGAGGUCGUGCAGAUGAACUUUGAGAUAGCCAGUUUCAGCAGCCUGUCUGGAACUCAGCCCAUCACCUGGCAGGUGGAAUACCCUCGGAAGGGGACAACAGACAUAACCUUGUCUGAAAUCUUCAUCUGCCAGAAGGAUCUUGUUGGAAUUGUUCCAUUGGCAAUGGACACGGAAAUUCUGAACACUGCAAUUCUCACAGGAAAAACAGUGGCAGUGCCCAUCAAAGUGGUCUCCAUUGAGGAGAGCAGUGCUGUGACAGACAUCUCAGAAUCAGUGGAGUGCAAAUCCUCUGAUGAAGACGUCAUUAAAGUUUCUGACAGAUGUGACUAUGUUUUUGUCAACGGGAAGGAAAUGAAAGGCAAGGUGAAUGCAGUUGUGAACUUCACCUAUCAGUAUCUGAGUGCUCCUCUGCAAAUCACAGUCUGGGUUCCACGCCUGCCCCUUCAGAUUGAUAUUUCUGACACAGAACUGAGCCAAAUAAAAGGCUGGCGAGUCCCUGUUGUUUCUAACAAAAGACCUACCAGAGACAGUGAUGAUGAGGAUGAAGAUGAGAGGAAAGGAAGAGGAUGCACUCUGCAGUACCAGCAUGCCAUGGUGCGAGUCCUCACACAAUUUGUAGCUGAGGAUUCCAGCCCUUGGGGGCAGCUGAGUUACCUGCUGGGCUCAGAUUGGCAGUUUGACAUUACAGACCUGGUGAUGGAUUUUAUGAAACUGGAGGAUCCUCACAUUGCCAAGCUGCAGGAAGGCAGAAUUCUGAUUGGACGUGAAGUGGGAAUGACAACAAUGCAGGUUUUGUCUCCUCUGUCUGACUCCAUCCUGGCAGAGAAGACAGUGACUGUGCUGGAUGACAAGGUGACCAUCACAGACCUUGGAGUCCAGCUGGUGGCUGGUCUUUCACUCUUUCUUCAGCCAAGUGCAGCAAGUAGUCGGGCUAUUGUGGCUACAACCAUUGCCCAAGAGCUGCUUCAUACUCCAAAGCAGGAAGCUGUGGUAAGCACCUGGAUUCAGUUCAGUGACAGCUCUGUUACUCCACUGGACAUUUAUGACCCCAAGGACUUCUCCCUUUCUGCUGUAUCAUUAGAUGAAGCCGUUGUCUCCAUCCAGCAGAACGCUGCCUCAGAAUGGCCCCUUGUGGCAGCAGAAGGUGAAGGUCAGGGCACAUUAAUCAAAGUGGACAUGAUGAUCUCUGAAGCCUGCCAAAAGUCCAAGAGGAAAAGCGUCCUGGCUGUGGGUAACGGGAGCAUCAAAGUCAAGUUUGGCCAGAAUGAUGCAGAUUCUGAUGCAGGUGGAGAUUAUGAUGGUGACGAGAUUGAAAACCACGCCAGCGACCGGCGGCACAAAGUGUCAGAUCAGGACCGGUACGGCCAGGAGGGCCGAUAUCAUGGGAGCUCCUCAGGAGAGAGAGAGGAAGGUGCCAUGAGGAAAGUCAGCACCACAGCAAAAUCCGUAAUCAAAAAUAAAGUCAUUAAAAACAGUAGGCUGGAUGGGGGCAAACUCUCAGACGAUAGCCAGCUGCAGAACAUUCCUAUAGACUUCACCAACUUUCCUGCCCAAGUAGACCUCCCAAAAGGCAAUGCAGGCAUGGAGGAAAAUGACCUGGUACAGACACCAAGGGGCCUUAGUGAUCUGGAGAUCGGGAUGUAUGCUCUGCUCGGGGUCUUCUGCCUGGCAAUUCUAGUCUUCCUAAUAAACUGUGCAACAUUUGCACUGAAAUACCGUCACAAGCAGAUUCUGGUGGAAGGACAGACCACCAUGACCCAUUCCCAUGACUGGGUCUGGCUGGGAAACGAAACAGAACUGCUGGAGAACACAGCAGAUGCAUCACCUCAGCAGGAUGAGCACACAACUAUCAUUGACCGAGGCUCGGGUUGUGAGGAGAGCAACCAGCUCCUCAAUGGAAGUGCUCAGAAGAAUAUUCAGAGCCAGGUUCACAGGUGUGCUGACUCAGGGGGCAAGACUGGGAAGGAACAGAAACCGGAACCUUUGCAUUCGCCAACAUCUAAACGGAAGCGGGUAAAAUUCACAACCUUCACUACCAUCCCACCUGAUGAUGGUUGUCCUACUGUCAACUCCAUCCUCAGUAGCAAUGAUGAUGACAUUAAGUGGGUGUGCCAGGAUAUGGACCUGGGGGACUCGAACGAGAUACGAAACUACAUGGAGAAGUUCAAAGACAAAGUGUAG